GAAGAAGAAACUAACCGGAAACUAAACAGUGCGGCGCGCGGACAUUAAGGCUCAUGGCACCUUCACCUGAAACGCUCACCUGGUUACCAUUAGUUACAGCAUGGAGCACUCUGAUUGGACGAAUAUUUCACUGACUGCAGCUCCAUCAGAUCUUCAGUCAGGAUGUCCCGCCUCUCAGAAGAAGGUGACCAGCAGAAGGCGGAGCCACAGCCUGGCCCGUCCCAGUGUCCCCCCAGCAGACAGGGUUACUGUGGAUACUGCCGAGUUCUCUACAGUAACCUGGACCAGCACCUGUCCAGUCUCAGACACCUGGAGUCAGUCCGUGCCUCAGCAAGAGGAUCAGGGGCAGCUACCACUCACAGCAGCCAAUCAAAGCUGACACUGCUAGAGCGCUUCCUGCAGGACGUCCUUACGCACCACCCACACCGCUACAACGACCCCAGACCAUCCCAUGCUGACCUCCCCGCAGUCUCCGCCCCCUUGCUGCCGAGGGCGAAGCUAGAUGACAUCUGUCUCUCUGAAGACGAUGGCCGUUUAGUGGUAGUAAGAGAACAUCUGUCCGACUCUGACCACGCCUCACAGCAGCCGGCCAAUCAGCGGCAGGGUAGCUCCACCCACAGCAAUUCAGGAAAAGGAGAUGGACAGGAGAGGCUGUCUGUACCAACCAGAGAGCAGAAACCAGAAGGGACCUCACCUCCUGCUGGGACAAUAUUCCCAACACAGUCCGGACCCACACCCAUCCAGACCACACCCGCAGUCCACAGGAAGGCCCACAGAAAAACCAACCGGAGAAAAACCAGCGAGGCCUCAUCCCCGCCACAUGGCCACAGAGCACCACGCCCCGUACCUCUGCCUCCUCCAAAGACAGGCCCUGCCAUCUCCUCUAAACCAAGACCCACCCUCUGUCUGGGUCUGGGCACGGGACCUGGGCCCCCCACGGAGAGAGGGCCCUGGCUGAGCUGGGAGAGAGAGAGGAGGGCGGGGCUUAAAGGGGAGGCGUUCUCUUCUGACAGCAGUGAUGAUGUAGACCAGACCAUUGAGGAGGUGAUCCAGAUGUGCUGUUAUGGUGUCAGUUCCACUCCCUGCCAGCAGGAGGAGACAGAGAGCUUUCACUUCAGCCUUCCUUUGUCCAUAGAGACUAGGAGUGAUGACUGGGACUCACCUGUCCAGCGACCAACACCUGGAGACACACCUGUCCAGGGCUGGACCAAGGGGAGGGACCUGAGCCGUCUGAUGGACGUUCAUGUUGAACUGGAGGACCAGGUGUACUCCUACCAGCUCGACUCCGCCCUCAACGGUGAGCGGCGAGUAAAAGGUGUGGCCAGGCUAGAGGAGGGCUUCUGGACUCUGCCGAUAGACGAGAUCCUGCCGGCGCCGCAACAUAUCCCAGAAUCCUUCAGGGGAAAGACCUGGGCCCAGGUGGAGCAGGAGGACGAGGAUAAAGUGGAGCGGCUAGUUCGACAGUUCAGACGAGAAAAGUUCAUCUGCUACUUUGACAGCGAGUCUCUGGCCAGGUAUGGUAGGAGGAGCCUCAAACGAAAGGCUUGUGAAGACAAGGAGGUUGUCCUGCCCUUAUUAGAUAAUGAAGAAGACGACCAGUCAUCUCACAGAAGGAGGAAGAGGAGGAGGCGGAGCUUCAGACUGGCGUCCAGGUGUCAGGUGGUCAAAGUCAGCCACGCCACACAGACCGUUCGAUUGGUCGUCCCAGCUGUUCGCCAACCUGCUGAGGCCCCACCCACCAGCCAGCCCAACUGUCCAGCCAAUUGGGAGGCAGCAGAAAGGACGCCAGAGCAGACAUGGCGCUGCCUCCCCUCUUCAUACUCCAACAUUGUCACGCCUCUAAACCCUCGCACCUCGGUGGUCUACCUGCUCUGUUCGCCCUCAGGCCCUGCCCACACAGACACACCAGCUGCAGACUCCACCCCCAAGCGCAGCAGGAAAAGGCGGCGUCCUGUCGACCUUCAAAGGUUAAAGGUCAGAUACAAACAGCUUCCUGUUCGUUUCUACGAGCCCAGCAGUAAUCGCAUCCUGAAGACCGCCCCUAAAGGCUCUGCCCCCUCGGUCCCCUCGCCAUGUGUCCGUCAGCUGUUCAGGAGUCUGAGUCCAGACCUGAACACCGACGGCCUUGAGACUGCCCCACCCCAUAAACACGUAGCCAUCAGGAGGCGGGGCGAUACGGCCCAAGAACCAGCCCCUCCAUCCUACAGCAGACGGGGUAGGGCAGACAGGCCACGCCCCCAAAACGCCAAACGAACAGCCAGGCCUCGGGCUACGCCCCCUCAGCCCAGGAGGGAAGGCUUGCGACCCACCAAUAGGCAGGGUCGUAGCCGCAGGGGGCGGGGCUAUGAAAGGAGUCGGAGGUAACAGUUAUCUGAUCAUGUGACCUGAUACCUGUCCAGGUGAUUAACAACGUAUCUCAGUCAAAGGCCAGGAUCAGUGAUGUGGUUGGAUGUUGAACUGAAACAAUCAAUAACAGAUAAAGGAUGGAUUUUAUUAUUCUAAUGUUUAUUUCAUAAAUGAGGCAGCUGAUUUAUAAUGAAUAUAAAAUAAUUUAAUCAAUCAAAGGUUAAAUUUUAUGAUUGUUUACUUUUCUGUCAAAACAAACAUUUAUGUUUUUGAUUUUAUAAUUAACCUUUCACUAAAGACGUUUCUAUUCUGAAGAAACUGAUAAAGCAGCUUUAGUUUUAGGAAACGUUGGAUUUAAUUAUGGAAAUAUAUUAUUGAUGAACUCAAACACAAACAGAAGAUUGAACCUGGUUGGUUGAAUUAUUUUAUUGUGAAGUUUCACACCUGUCCACAGGUGAGAUGGUGCUCUUUGUUUUUAUAAAUGUGAUUCAAACAUCAAUAAAAACCUUUUUGUA